AUUCGACAGGUUUCUCUUAGUUUUCAUCUACCAAAUCCACUCUCAAGGCCAUAAUCUAUCCAGAACUAUAGUUGAAGAAACUUGCUCAAGGUGCCACAUAGUGAAACUGAACUCGGAACCAAGUGGUCGAGAAGCAAACUCCUUGUUACACAGCCACGCCUGCGCCUUAAAUGUUUAAAUUUUUUUCUCUUUCUCAAACGGUUGAAAGUAGGCAAUAUUUAAUGUGUACAGUUGCCAGGCAACGGUGAAAAUAUGGCGACCACAAUACUGGUUGAUAAAGCGGUGUUGAGAUGUACGAGGAAUACAGAAUGCGAAGUUUGGUGAAAGACUAUACUGGAGAAAUUGAGAAUAUUAGAGAGAAAGAGUGAAAAAUAUUUAAUUCAAAUAUUCAUAUCAUAUUUAUCAGGUGGUUUGAUGAUAUUUUGAAACAUGGCACUAAAGAAGAGGAAAAUAAAACUCGUGACAUUGGAAGACUUGCAUCUAUCAUUUGAUGAUGAAGUUCGUGAAUCCUGUUUGUGGAUGGAAGACCCUUUAAUCAAUGUACCAGCUUGCACCUAUGAAAACUUCCCUGAGGAUCCACAAGAAAAUAGUAUUAAUGAGCUGAUUUUGUUCUUCAAAAAUAACCAAGAACUGUUUGAUCAAUUUAAAGAAGGAAAAAAAGACCAACAGCAGAAAGGUCUGCCAGAGUGGCUCUAUAUCUCUGAGUUCUUUAAGCGACACAACUGUUUUGGAAGCACUUGUGUCAAAAAGGCUGUGGAGAAUUUGCUGCAACUUGAAAAAUUUUUCCUAAGUGGAGUGCCAGCACCAUCAGCAACUCCUUCCUGUACAGUGGUGCCUUGGACAAAAGCUUCCCUUGAACCUGCUGUGCAGCCAGCUGUGAUUGGGGAAAUACUGUUGCUACUUGCAAAUCUACAUUAUGACUGCGUGCGAACCCAUGAGAAGUUGAGACGAGAAAUUGACAUAACUGAAUAUAUCACAUGCCAGAUUGAUGAAAUGGGUGAAAAGAAGCUGAAAACUAUAGCUGCUGCUGUCCAAAUGGAGCAUAAUAAAUUCCGACAGAAGAACCUUCCAUGCUUUAUGAAAAAUCAAAACUUGCAACGUAUAUAUGGGAAUUGCCAGAAGAAGAUGAAUAUCGCGCAAAACUACAACAAGCUCCUUAACGAAGACAUUGAAUACUCUACAGCACAAUUACCAUUGGUGGAAGAGAAAAUGAAGUUAGAGAAAAUUAAUAUUGACAGAAUCGUUGCUGCUUUCAACGAGAGCAAGGAAACACAGGCUGAAACAUUAAAGCGACUUGAGGUGGCCAAAGCGCACAAUAUGGAAGCUAAAAGACUUACUGAUGAGGAGAGAAAAAAUAUAAAAAGAAACAUCAAAGAUAUGUACGAAGAACUUGAAACACUCAGAAAAUCAGUGAAGAUCGCUGCAGAGAGCAAUGUACAGAUGAAAAAGGAAAUCAUUGAGACUAAACAGAACAUCAGGGAUAAUGAAGAGAUGAAAACUGUGUUUGAAGUGAAGAUAGAUAACUAUAGGUCUAGUCUUCAGAUCCUCAACAUGGAGUACAAGGAGCUAACCCAGAGAUUGAAUUCACAAGUGAAGACAAAUAAUCAACUUAAGAAAGAAAACGCUAAAUUACAGAAAACUCUACAAAUAAGGCACACAGCUUUGAGAGAUAAUGUCCACAAAUUAGAAACCGAACAAAAACAACUUGAGAAACAAUUAAGGCGAAUGGAAACAACUAAUAUUGAGAUGGUUAGCGAAACAAGAGCAUUGGAUGAGGAAAUUGAAUCUUUUCAAACACAUAAAAGCGUGACUGACAGAUCAGUGUCUCGAAUUUCUUACGAGAUUUUAAAGAUGCAGAACGAAUUACUGAUGGCCAAAGAUGAAGUGAAAAGGUUCCAGGAUUUAAACGCCCAUGUUAGAUCAUCGAUCUGUCUGCAAGAGAAGUAUAAUCUUGAAAAAGAGAGAAAUUUAGAGAGUUUGCUGCAAGACCUGAAAAAAAAAGUGGAAGAAGAAAAUGAAAAAUAUGAGGCUUUGAGCAAUGAAGUUGAUGAAGAAAAUACAAAACUUGAAGAAAUUAUAAAAGGUUAUGAGAAAGAGAAAGAAGAACUGCUUAAACAUGAACAAGAAACAAUUGACUUUGUGAAUGCCCUGGAGGAGAAAUUAGUAAAACUGAAUUAUUUGAAAUCUCAAAGGCAAAAGGUCAUAGAGUCUUUAAUGCAGAAGAAAAAGAACCUUGAAAAUAAAUUCGAUGAAAGGCUUCAAGAUGAUAAUGGUUAUUUGGAGAAGCUAACUCCAUACAAGGAAAUGUUAAGUGAGAAUGUAUUUUAUUUGGAAAAGAAAGAGAGUGAAAUCAUAGAAAUGGAGAGUUCGAUGAAAACUCAAGUUAAAACCAUGGAACUACAGAAGAAUGCUUUCAGCACAGUAACUGUUAAGUUGAAAGGAAACAUCAGGAAGAAUCGUAUUUCAAUGAUGAAUAUCAAAACACAAUUGCAAAAGAUUGACGAAGGCUCAGUAGAUUGUCUGAAGCGUCUGAAAGAGACACAAGAUCGAAUUAAUCAAUUAUACAACCAACAUAAAGAGUUGCAGGAUCAGCGCCAGAAAGUUCUCAAAGAAAUCCUAGAACAGAAGCAGAAACAUUUGAAAGAAAACACAGAUCUGGCAUCUCGGUACCGCUGGCAGCAGAAUCAUCUCAUCUACCUACAGUACUGCUUUGUACAGCAGACUGACAAAAACCUUCAUUUGGAAGAAACUCUGAAUGACCUAAGACAGUUACUGUCCAAGCAGUGGAAAGUGCACCAGAACCUGCAUAAUUAUUUCCAGUACCGUGGUAAGUACAAUACGCAAAAGUUGCAGCAGCUUCAGCACAAAUCUGAUGUGAACCGGAAGAAAGCACACGACCUGAAGAGAACCAUCGACGGCAACAUCGAUUCAAUGACUUCCUAUAUUGAUAAAGAGAUUGCAGAGUCCAUUCAGCGGAGCGUCAGGGUCAAAGAGAAGCGAUAUCAACUACCAAAAAUUUCAACCCCAAUAACCGGAUGACAGAGUAUAUAGGUGUGUGUAAUCUUGUGUGUAGUGUGUGUGUGUGUUUGUGU